CGUACGUGCAUUUAUUAACAACGAAAAUGGGGUGCACUGUAACCAUGGAAAGCAGACCUGCAUCUAAUACUGAAAUACGUUCUUAUAAACGACAACUUUCUCUUAGUGAUCUUGAAAGAUUCUUGAGAACUUCUAUUGAAAGGCGUUUGACUGGUAAGAACUCCGAAUCUGAUCUUAAGGUGAAAGCUCAACUCGAGAAUGCAGGAAAAUCUCCGAAUGAUCGUUUGCAAGUGUAUGGUCGGUUAUGCACAACGAAAGACGCCGACACUGCCCCGGUGAAUAUGUCGGAAACUCCAGGCCGGAAGACUGCCUUCAUAUUUGGCCCAGAAACAGUUUAUGGUGCUUUGAUAGAGAAUAUACACGAUCCUUACACGAUGCUGCUUAGGCUUGGGUUCCUUCCUGAGUACAUACAUCUGAAGGCUUGCAAACAAAAAGUAUGCUACUGGCUCAUCUUACUCACCCCAAGUCAGGAAUCUGUCCAGUCUACCUCAACAAUGCCGUCAGCGAGUCCAGAUAACUUGAAUUCAGGACAAGUUGCACCUGUUCCUGCCACCUGGGAAGGCUUGCUGUCGUACAUCCGUGCAUGCUACCCCGCCGCCCUACCAGCCGUCCAGGCCCACUGGGACCUCAUCACCACCAAACCAGUCGAGUUUUUCGAAGAGAACUCCGGCGUCCGGUUCAUCGACGCCCUCGCCGAUCCCAGCGCGCCGGCCUUCAUGAGCUACCAGAAGUUCCAAGAACUACCGAAGCCCCAGAAGGACUGGGAGACGAGACUGUUCCUCUACUGCGAGGUGCGCAUCUUAGAACUCUUCUCGGGGGACGGCCAUACGUGGAGUGACGCAGGGGUCAAGGGGGAAAAGGAAUACCUGUCUCCCAAUUACUUGAUGGAGACGGAUCUUGGACCGGAAAACUACAUCAGGAUUGCACUCAAGGUGGAUGUGCCACAGGAAGUCAGGGAUAAAUAUGAUGAUAAAUAAACACGUGUCAUUGCUUUUUAGAGGAGAAAGUCCACACAUUGCCCAUGUAUUGCCAUGCACAAUAACUUUUGAUUUUCUUGAUUUUAUCAUUCUAUGCAUUGUAGAUGUGUGGUUAUGUAAUAAAUACAUUUGCUCAGUUUCAGGCUAAUAUACAGGAACAGUUGAAUGGUUUACAAGGUACAAUGUACAUGUGAAAAUCUUCAGUGCAUGUACUGGACUGUGAGUUAGUCUAGCGACACGUUCACUUGGUCAGCUCUCUGUCUUCGCGUACAAUCUGGCUCAGGUGACCCCGGUUCCAAACUGAGUCACGUCUUUUGGAUGGUGACGUUAAAGGUUGGUCCCCAGAUGAUUGUUACACGUCUGUAAAAAUCCAAUUACACACGCACACACACAUUUUCAUGUGUGUGCCAACUUCUGUCAAGAUCAGUCUAUUUGGGAAUGCUGGUUGAAAGCCAAUUAUCUUAUGCUUUAUCAAGUUCUUUGAAGCGUCCACCAAAACCAUUGGGAAACUGGUCGAAGAUGCAACAGAGACAAAUUUGUCGAUGACUUUGACAAGCUCAAACGGUUUCAAAAAAAUUAGGAACUGCUCAACCAGUAAACAUGUCCACCAAUAUGAGUCAUCUUUCCUUUCUAAUUCACCAUAGUCAAGACAUGCAUAUAAAGGUCAAAUAUUCCUGAUAUGUUCUUCCUCGAAGCAUUAGCCUGAAACAAAAACAGCAUGUAGAUAAUCAAACAGUAAGCAAAUAUCAAUUAUAUUCAAGAAAAUUAAAGUUAGUGUGUGUAGUAUUAGACAGUAGAUGGAAAAUGUCUGGAUUUUACCUUCAAUCUGGCACGUGGGGUCGGUUCCUCGAAACCGUUGUAAGUCUGAGAUCAUGGACAUCCCAUUGAAACAUAUGUGUAAACACAUGCGUUUCUAAGGGAUGUUCAAGAACUGCAACAUACAAUGGUUUGAGAAACAGGUCCCUGGUAUGUUGAAGUUUUAUGGCCAAGCCUACCUCCAUACACAUGUAAGCGAAUAUGAAAUGCUACUCGUUCUUUCCAAAGGCUGCCAUUUUAUGUUUUUAACGAACAAAUUCUAUUACUUGUUUUAUUUCAUGUAUAAUAUUCCGUCUGCAAUUAUGAAGGUCAGUUGGCCAUAGAAUUCCAUGUGUAAUACAAAUCUUCCAUGUGAAGCAAACUGAGCCAUCAGAUUUUUUCCCUGAUAGUUCAGUUUAAUAAAUAACUCAACUGUACAGCCUCGUCCUCUGUUACAGUUAAAGUCAGCAUAUUUUGGGCAAAAUACACAUACAUGCACCACGCAGAUAUAGACUACACUGCAUGCAGUUUGUUUUUCCCAUAUACAUGAAUAUAUCAAACCCUGAACACUAAUAGGCUUGUUCAGAUAUGAUGCGGCACAAGUGUGACGUCUUUUUAGAAUGA